CCCGCGAGCUGCUACCACCACUUCGCCUGGUCGCGGCCGCCAGGGGCGAGAUGGAGGGCCCGGGGCUGGGCUCGCAGCUCCUCUUAGAUCCAUACAGCAUGGACGUGGAAGAAACUUUAUAGCUACGCUGACCAGUUCUUUGCCUUUUACAAACGUAAACACUGAAGCCAAAAAUAACCAGCAUUCGCCAACAUUCACCAACAUGAAAUCUGAGACUUUGGCCUUGUUCUCAAGGGGUUUACAUUUCAACAAGUGCAGGAAUCACAGCCACGGCCCCCACCCUCCAGGAUUUGGUCGACAUGGAGUCUGUGCAUAUGAAAGCAAAGAACUUGCCAAGGCGAGAGAAGCUCUUCCUCUUAUAGAGGACUCUAGUAACUGUGACAUUGUAAAAGCUACUCAGUACGGGAUUUUUGAACGUUGUAAAGAGUUGGUAGAAGCAGGAUAUGAUGUCAGGCAACCAGACAAAGAAAAUGUGUCACUUCUUCAUUGGGCUGCUAUUAACAACAGGCUGGAUCUUGUAAAGUUUUAUAUUUCAAAAGGUGCUGUAGUAGAUCAGUUGGGUGGAGAUUUAAAUUCGACACCUCUUCACUGGGCCAUCAGACAAGGACAUUUGCCUAUGGUCAUAUUAUUACUCCAGUAUGGAGCCGACCCCACUCUCAUCGAUGGGGAGGGAUUCAGCAGCAUCCACCUGGCAGUAUUAUUUCAACACAUGCCUAUUAUAGCAUAUCUCAUCUCAAAAGGACAGAGUGUGAAUAUGACAGAUUUAAAUGGGCAGACACCUCUCAUGUUAUCAGCUCACAAAGUACUUGGGCCAGAACCAACUGGAUUUCUUUUAAAGUUUAAUCCUUCUCUCAGUGUGGUUGAUAAAAUACACCAAAACACUCCACUCCACUGGGCAGUUGCAGCGGGAAAUGUUAAUGCUGUAGAUAAACUUUUGGAAGCCGGUUCUAGCCUGGACAUCCGAAAUGUUAAGGGCGAAACACCUCUUGAUAUGGCUCUACAAAACAAAAAUAGGCUCAUUAUUCACAUGCUAAAAACAGAAGCCAAAAUGAGAGCUAACAAAAAGUUCAGACUCUGGAGGUGGCUGCAGAAAUGCGAGCUCUUCCUGCUGCUGAUGCUUUCUGUGAUUACCAUGUGGGCUGUUGGAUACAUACUGGACUUCAAUUCAGAUUCUUGGCUUUUAAAAGGAUGUCUUCUAAUAACAUUGUUUUUUCUGACAUCUUUGCUUCCAAGGUUCUUGGUCGGGUAUAAGAGUCUCAUCUACUUACCAACAGUCUUCCUGCUAAGUUCCAUUUUUUGGAUAUUUGUAACGUGGUUCAUCUUAUUCUUUCCUCAUCUAGCAGGCACCCCUUUCUAUUUUGCUUUCAUUCUCAGCCUAAUAGGCUUCCUCUACUUUUUCUACAAGACUUGGGCAACUGAUCCAGGCUUCACUAAAGCUUCUGAAGAAGAAAGGAAAACGAAUAUCAUCACCCUUGCAGAGACUGGCUGUCUGGACUUCAGAACAUUUUGUACCUCAUGCCUUAUAAGGAAGCCAUUAAGGUCACUUCAUUGCCACGUGUGUAACUCCUGUGUCGCUCGAUACGAUCAGCAUUGUCUGUGGACUGGACGGUGCAUAGGUUUCGGCAACCAUCAUUAUUACAUAUUCUUCUUAUUUUUCCUUUCCAUUGUUUGUGAUUGGAUUAUAUAUGAAUCUUUCAUCUAUUGGUCAAAUCAUUGUGCCACGACAUUCAGAGAAGAUGGACUGUGGACCUACCUCAAUCAGAUUGUGGCCUGUUCCCCUUGGGUUUUAUAUAUCUUCAUGCUAGCAACUUUCCACUUCUCGUGGUCAACAUUUUUAUUAUUAAAUCAGCUCUUUCAGAUUGCUUUCCUGGGCCUGACCUCCCACGAGAAAACCAGCCUGUUGAAGCAGAGCAGGCAUAUGAAACAGACAUUGUCCCUCAGGAGGACCCCAUACAACCUUGGGUUCACGCAGAACCUUGCAGAUUUCUUUCAGUGUGGCUGCUUUGGCUUGGUGAAGCCCUGUGCCGUAGAUUGGACGUCCCAAUACAACAUGGUCUUCCACCCGGCUAAGGAGAAAGUCCUUCGCUCAGUAUGAAGAAAAGCAACCCCAGACUCUCACUCUGAUCUGUGUUCAUGUUGAUGCCCUGUGGUCUGCAAGUGAAGUGAAGAUUAGGAGUUCACCGAAGCCCAAAGGAAAACACAAGUGGUCUGUAAAGCUAUUUAGUAAAAACACAAGUUCUCCAGAAAGGCACUACGCUUUUAGAUUUAGCAAGAUGGACUGUUCCUGAACAAUCUUGGCAGACAUCUAAAAACGCUUUUAUAUGUUUCACAAGAAAAUACAACUUACUUUUUUUUUUUUUUUGAGAUAAUAUUCACCAAUUAUGGAUAAAAUGUAGUAUUUUCGAAUACUUUAUUGGUUGUUUCAAAAUAGUACUAUUCUUUAAGCUUGUAAUUUUUGAUAAAUUAUUUGUUUGUUUUAUCUAUAAAUAUGUAAAAAAUAUCUAAAUAGAAGUACCUGUUUUGCUUUCACACUUAAUAAAUUUUUUUUUUUUUUUUUUUUUUUGUAGUUGAGACUUCAUUUCUGACACUUAACUUUCAGAAUCUUAAAUUGAGAAAAGGUGUAUGUAGGGCAUAAAGAAACUGAUUCACAAUUCCAGGACUGAGUUGAGCUCCCUGGUAACACCAGUAAGCAAGAUAUAAUUUUCCAUCUUACUUAGAAAAUGGAACAGAUGAGGUUUUCAAGAUUAAUUACUGUUUUUACUUAGUACCCUCAAAAUAUUGGACUGAUGUGAUUGUAAGUGCUAAUUUCCCUUGUUCUGGAGGAAAAACUAAUUCCACUUUAACUCUUGGUAUUGUAUAUAAAUGCCCCUGGACAUGGCACCUUCCUACUGAAAACCCUUCCUUAAGGCUCCCCUUGCUCUUGGGGUAAAGGCUAAACUUCUCAUCAUGACCUACAAGACCUUGAAUAAUAUAACCUUAUUUUGUUUCCCAGUCUCACUCUGGACUACGCUUUGUACUCUAGCCACAUUGACCUUUCCGUUUUUCAAGGAUCCUUUCUCCGUUCUUCUACAGAGCACCGAGCCUUUGCAGAUGAGGAAACUAAAGGCUAAAGAAGUUUGUAUCUUCUCCAAGGUCACUUAGAUACCAAGUGGGGUAGCCACUUCAGAGCCUGGAGUCACCUUGAAUAUUGUCAGACACGUUGUGCGUGAUCAAUAAAUGUUUCAAUUUAUUGAA